AGAAGCAGCAGCAGCAGGUUGGUGUCUGCGGUCGUUACCUCCGACUCACAGCUAACGUUAGCUCGGGUUGGGCCCGUGUUGGGGUUUGGCUUGGCUCGGUGCUUGAACCUUCCCUUACUUGCACAGUCAACAAUUAUGGCGGCCGCGGAUCCCCGGUCCUCGAGUGACGGCGGGCCGGCCAGCAGAGGAGGAUUCCCGGCCGGGGAGAGCAGCAACGACCGCGACGGGCCGGGCGGCAGCAGCAGCGGCGGCAGCGGGGAGAGCGAACGGGAGCGGGACCGGGCCACCUUCGAGUGCAACAUUUGUUUGGACACUGCCAGGGACGCUGUCAUCAGUAUGUGCGGCCACUUGUUCUGCUGGCCGUGUCUUCAUCAAUGGCUGGAGACUCGACCCAGCAGGCAGCAGUGUCCUGUGUGCAAGGCUGGAAUCAGCAGAGAGAAAGUGAUCCCACUGUAUGGCAGAGGGAGCUCCAGCCAGGAGGACCCCAGGUUGAAAACUCCGCCGCGGCCUCAGGGACAGAGAACAGAACCCGAGAGCAGAGGAGGGAUGUUCCAGGGUUUCGGGGACACCGGCUUUCACAUGUCAUUCGGCAUUGGUGCUUUCCCCUUCGGCUUCUUCACCACAGUCUUCAACACCAACGACCCCUUUCACAGAGCAGACCAGUAUGCAGGUGAUCACCAAGGCAACGGUAACCUCAACAACGGCAAUAACAACUGGCAAGACUCCCUGUUCUUGUUUGUGGCCAUCUUCUUCUUCUUCUGGCUGCUGAGCGUCUGACGGAGACCUGGACGGGUAGAGGAGCGGAUUGAUGAGCGGGAGGGAGGAGUGCGAAAAAAAGAAACGAAACAAACAAAAAACUUGCACACUUAACUCGAGCCACAGACAGACACAUGAUACAUUUUUCUAACUUGUGAGAAAGCGGAGCAUUGUGUUUAAUCCCCCCCCCCCCAAAAAAAAAAAACAACAACAAACAAACAACAAAAUACAGCAAUUUGGUUUCUCCUCCUCACAAAAUCCAAUCACUUUCAGACACUCAGCCCCCCCAACCACCCUCCGACUGCUCUGUUCAUUUUGUUUAUGCAAAAAAACACUGCGCUGUGCAAAUCCCAAAAUAAGUCAGCCCUCCCUCUGCACACGCCUGUAGAUACAUGCACACAAAGAAACUAAAGAUGGACGCUGAAGUCUAACACUGCUGGUGUUCAGAGACAGUAUUAUGUGAUCAGGGUGACCUUUGUAAAAGAUUUUUUUUUGUGUGUGUGUCGAGCGCAAGACAGAGGUAGAUGGAGGAAUAUUCGGGGAAGUGACUAAUUCUGUUUUGGUUUUUCACAUCCAUCUCGAAGGAAGCGUAUUCCUUAAAUAAAGAGAGGGAGGCGCUGAGGUCAGGUGAGGACAUGGGGGAGGGUUUGAGAUAACGUAGUGGCCACUGUAGCUAUUUCUUUCUCUUAAAAGGCCAAAGAGUAGCGGGUCAGGAAGUCGAUGGGCGAAAUCGAGUUACGUUCCCGUUUACAGUGUUCCUCGUGAAAUGCCCUCGUUAGAAUUCACGACAGACAGAAAAUGGCACAGUUGGAUGCAUUUUUUUUUUUUUUUUUUAAAUUUUUUUUUGUCUUAAAAAGAAAACAAAAAAAAAAAAAAAAACUGCCAUUGCACUGUGAAGUCAUUCGAACUGUCCUAAACGUUUGGAGAGUGUGCUGGUGUUGAACCACUUGUUGCUUCUAUAACCACAGGUUCCCUCUGUGUUAAUAAAGCUGGAUGGAUAAACCAUUAAAGGGCCAGUUUGGUAGUUUUUCAUACCAACGUGAGUAACUCAGGAGUAAAUCCGACAUGCACAGUUUGUCAGAUUCCAAGAGAGAAACACUCUGGCUGGUUAAAGUAGCUGGAUAAGACGCCGAGUCGAUGCAUGUCAGCGUAAAAAGAGUCGUGAAGGUAGAAAAACACAACUUACUUGCAGAAUUAACAAGCAAACAGUUGAGUAAACUGUGCCCUGGCGUGAUUCUAAAAAUAUAAAACAUUUCUGUCACAGUUGAUUUGUUUAUUUCUGACUAUGUGUCUGAGUGAGUGUGUGUCCAUUAUAUAUCUGUAUAUAUGAAUAUUGUAAAUGCUGUUUUUACGUGUUUCUGACUGGAUGGCCAGCCACGGAGAGGACGGGAUGCUUUUGUAAAGCAAGAAAUGAUCCUGGUUUUCAGAACUACUUUCGAAAAAGAAAAAAAAAAAGGCUUGCAGCCCAAGUUAAUAACUCCUCUCCCACGAAGAUUAAUAAAUCACAAGGAGGAAAAAAAAAGUUCCCUGCUAAUGUGAUGUUAAUGUUCUCCCUUUUACUGUAGAAGCUGUGACCGAGCAGCAGUUAAAGAGUAUAAUCCAGAAACGAACAUUCAUCUGGAUGUGUCAGAAAUGAAAAGCACAGUGUUAAAGACCCAGAUUCAGUCUUUUCUUUGGUUCUAGUAAAAACAGGACCAAGUACAACAAAGUACAACCAGAGACGAACAGACAUUCUUCUUGCUUAUCAACAUCUUACAGUUACCCACAACUCAACAGAGUUUUGGGCUACUGAUGUCACUACUUUCACACCGACUGUUUUAUGUAACUUUCAGUCAAACUACAUGUAAAGAAUCGGGUCUUUAGCACUUCGACAUUCACACCAGGGUCAGAGAUGAAAGUUCAGGACCUCUGUGGGAUGGACGGCAGCCACUGGGGCUCCUCAUUUCUCGCAUACUUGUCUGUUGAAGCUACACUUUGUAUUAUGGGGCUUAUGUGAUACUAAAACAAGUGAUGGAAGUCUUUUGAUGGACUAAACAUGGAGACAUUGUGCAAAACCAAAUGGUCUAGGAGAUUAAAACUUGAUUAAAACACUGA